ACGUUCAAUCUUUGUUUAGUUGCCAUUUCAUUAACUCAGUUUUGGCUAUAUUGAUUUGGAUUAAAUGGCCUUUACAUUGAGGAUCACAAUUCAUUUUUGCCUAAUUCAACUUCUGUUUUUCUCAAUUUUAUGUUCACCUGGGUCCCAGCAGAGAACGAAGAGCAAAAACACCCUGUCUGAAUCAGCCAGCACAAUUGAGACCAUAAUAAAAGGCCAUAAAAGUCCCUACAGGCCAUUCUACGCUCGGGUAUAUGUUCUGAACGAUGAUGUGACAGUCUUCAAUAAAUGUGGGGCGGCCAUUUUGAGCGAUCUGUGGAUUCUGACAUCUGGACAUUGUAUCUACAGAGUUGCACCCGAGAGAGUUUAUGUGGAGGUUGGCGACUUCACUGAAUACACCAGAACAUACGACAAAUUGAGAACAACAACAUCAACUGCCAAAAUCAUUUGGCAUCAGAGAUCGAGAAUCAACUCUACUCGUUUCGACAUUGGACUGAUUAAGCUCAAGUAUAGGCUAACCAGGAUGCCUUAUUUCGAAAACAUUGUCUUGUGUCCAGAAGUUGAAGAGCCUUGCAGUAUCAUAGGAACUUGUGGCAUGGGCUCCUUAGAUUCCUCAAGCUCAAAGCCAUCAGAAGAUCUUCAGGAGUUGCUUCUAGUUCAAAGGAAGGCAGGAAUCCUAGGAGGGUGUCCCAGAGACAACAUAUGCACGAAGCCAGUAAAUAUCGGUGGGAACAUUUGCAAGGAAGAUGCAGGGAACCCUCUGUUCAAAAUGUAUCCAGGUACCUCAGUGCCUAAAUGUCUUUUGGGAGUGGCCAGUUACCCUGGAAAAAAUGCUCAGGAAAGGGAAACUUGUUCGGGAGGAAAUUAUUUUGCGAGUGUCCCCUAUUUCAAUAAAUGGAUAAUGACUAAUGUAGACUUUCACUCCUGAAACUGCUCUCAAAACCAAAUCGUUAUCUGUUGAGAAAAUAUAAUGUAUCAUUGCACUAGCUUUUCAUGAAAAUCAGUUAUAGAAGGUUACUAACGCUAGUAUUUUCUCCGGGAUAUCAGGGGUCGUCAUUUCUUAAAUUUUUCUUAAAUGAUGUAUAAAAUUUUCACAAUCCGCUGUGGUAUCUAAAAUCUAAAAUU